ACUUGGCUUUACCUAAGUAGGACUAGAAAAUCAAGGGUCCACUCGCUGCCUUCGCAGCUUCGAAAACACAUCAUAUGUGAACUCCCGACUUCAAUCCAGCACUCAAAAAGGACCCAGCGAAUGCCAACCGCGAUGCAAAUUAAACAGUCGGGGGGCGGGAGGGCGGUUUUACGGCCCGCAGCGGUAAGCGCCGUGACAUGCUUUGUGGCGGCAAGCCAUGCAUUCUUCUACGCGCUGGCACCAAUCUUCUGGCGUAUCGGGUACUGCGAUCGACUUUCUCAGACCAUAGCUGUCGCCGCAACAUGCCACUUGGUAUCUUUUGGGCGCAAAAAAGGGGGGCUUUAGCGACGGUACAAAUCAUGUGUCUCAAAGAAUCCAGUGUGCAUUUGCUAGUCCUCCAAACUCUUCAGCCCUCCAGACCUUCACGCGGGAUCUGACAUCUGGCACACUCACUGCUCUGCUACACUGCAACAAUUUUAGCCGUGGGAUGUUGUCUCUUUGUCUAAGCCGCUCUUAUUCUUCAAUCCGAGGACCACACCAAUUGUAUACCCCACUGAAGGAAAACCAAAUACGCUUACUGAGACUGCAUGCUGGCACACCGGACUCCCAGAUAGCAUGUCAGUUACACAUUGUCGAUCUUCUGGCAUAUGAAGACAUAGCAGCCGAAUCUAAGAUUGAGGGAUGGGAGCGAUUCGAUGCUAUCUCCUAUGUUUGGGGCGACCGCAAACAAGUAGUCGAAAUAAGUUGUGCGUCCUCUAUCUCACCGCCGAUUGCAUUUCCAGCCCUAAUCAGCCCAGGCGAUGGUGUUAGCAUCAGUGUCACAGCAAAUCUUGUGGACGCACUUCGUCGGUUCCGAGAUCCACUCAGAGCCCAGAUUAUCUGGGCAGAUGCACUCUGUAUCAAUCAAAGAGACAACUAUGAGCGUGCGGCGCAAGUCAAGCUGAUGGGUCUGAUCUACUUUAAGGCUCGUCGUGUACGGGUAUGGUUGGGUCAAGAUAACGAAAUUGAGGAACAAUACCAGGUCCACCACGCAAUUCAGCUUAUCAAAGAAUACAGUCGACUAUAUGAGUCUUGCCGCCCCGAUCCUGGCGGCCAGAAGCUUGGGGUACUCAGCAAAGGCCUCUUCAAGGACCCGGAAUCAAUGCAGCGCUCACACUGGGCGUCUUUGCGCCGGCUUCUCGAACGCCCAUGGUUCACACGAGUGUGGGUGGUACAAGAACUUGGUCUGUCGAGGUACGCCGAGUUCUACUGCGGGACGUACACCUUUAAUCGAAACGAGCUAGACAAUUUUGAACGUGUUCUAAUGCACUCGAAAACUGGUCUGAGCAUAUGGAACGAUCUCGACUUACAGAUAAUUCAUCUUGGGGAGGAUUAUUGGCGAUCCGCGUGGAGCAAUAUCCGCAUCGAACUCGGCGAAGACGCACAGGAAGCAGAAACCUUCUUUGACAUCCUUCGCUCUGCUCGCGGAUUGCAAUGCACGGAACGCAAAGAUCUAAUUUACGCUUUUCUUGGCCAUCCCUCUGCAUUUAAGCGUCAGCUUUGCGACGUCGAUCCAUACUUUUGGUAUCCUACAAAUUAUUACCAGAAUCGGCGAACGAUCAUCGCACCAAAUUACAGCACGUCAUACAGGUUUCCAGAGCUCUGUAAGGAUCUUGCGUUCGCAGCGAUCAAAGAGUUCAACAUUGGGCUUAAUGUACUGGCGAGCAUAGCCCACAGUGAGAGGACGAUUGAUCUGAAAGUCGCCUCUUGGAUACCUCGGUGGGAUCUCAUGGAUAAGCCAGCGAAAUUCUUGGGAAGCGGGAUAUAUUACGCAGCCUCAAAGGGGCUGUCUAACACAGCUUUCACGAUACGAACAUCGCGCAUAUCGCCAAUGCGUCCGAAGCUAUCAUUCAAAGCACUUCGUCUGGGGACAAUUUGGGUGGCACUGCGCCCUCCUACCACCGUAACACCCGAACAUCUCGCAAAAACACUGGCCGAACUACUGGGCGACAUACCUAGAAGGGGCGAUGUGAGUUAUAUAUCGCCACCGAGCAUAUCGUCGUAUCCCUACGAGGAUGCAUUCUUAACAGCGCUUGCGACAACCAUGACAGCAGGCCUUACCUCAGGCCCUGACAUGUACGCCGUACCAGCGGACGAGCAUACAGACCACCAUUUGAAUACCUUCAAAGCCUAUUAUCGACGACAACAGGCCAUCGAUGAAGACAGGUUACCAAAUCCGGAAGACGAUGAAGCUGCAGAUUUCUUCGCAGGCGAAUUGAAUCGGGCAGCUAGAUGGAGAGUCGUGUUCUUGACACGCAAUGGUCGCUUUGGCUUGGGCCCUGUGGUCUCAGACUUUCUCGAUGAGGUAUGGCUACCAAUGGGAGCUAAAAUGCCGUUCGUCCUCCGACCGACAGGUAGAGGUACCUACAAGCUCUUGGGUCAGGUAUUUAUCUACGGGAUCAUGAGAGGCGAAGCUGUACAAGGCAGGAGCGAGGUGGACUUCGAAUCAGUGGUGUUGGAGUAGCAGCCAUUGGGACCAUACCAAGGAUGCUAAAGGAACAGACCCAAUGCCAGUCUAUCUGGGGCUCUGCUGCGUGAUACAUCUUCAAGUCUGGUGUCAUGCUUCGCCCACAGUGCGUCAUAUUCUGCACCCGCGCUACCUGUAGGAAUUCUGCGACCCAUGUAAGGGUCGAAUACACAUGUGAUAUAUUAAAGUAAACAGUGGUAAGUGAGGGCAGUCGAAGGAGAUGGGAGAACAGGAACGUUAAAGGCUCUACGUGGUAGAUAUCGCGAUUGUCGUCAAUCCAGGUUCCGGAAGUUAGUCCCACAACUACCUUUCGAACGUUGCGAAAGCCUAUUGGCCAGGUGGAGAAGCACUCGUCGGGCGCUUACAACGCCUGAGAAACUCAUUGUCUCGCCCUUUGGUCUUCCCGAUAUCGCUGUUCCUCCCGAUGGAGUAAUUCUCAUAGUCACCAGACAUCUUUCUCGCGAUCUUCUUCAC